CUUCAUAGAUUCUGAUUUUUUGGUUAUACACUUUGUUUUUGACGUAUGUUCAUACUGUGUCCCAAGACUGACUUGUCUAGUUUUAGUGUGUACUAUCUCCGAUGCCUUCUUGUCGAUACCGAGCACUGAGCAAGGUAGGGAAGGUAUGCCUCCCUUCACAAUCUCCGUGGUGUUUGUGUUGAACUAAUAGCCUUCUUAAAUUUCUUUCACUACAUUUUGAUAAGAACUUCUCUUAUUCUCCAUAACUCAUUAGUACUGGUUCUUGAAUGACAGUAUUGACAGAAUACCAGACUGUUGGUUUUUUUGGUUUCCCCCAUUGAAGUACCAUUAUUUCUCUACAACCGUAGCAUAGUUGUUCACCCCCGUUUUUGAAUAGUGAACUCGGCGACAACACAUAGUUUACUCUCCUCUUGUCGCAGUCGUCGGUAAGUGUGUAAUUUUCGCUCUCUUCCGUCAGCUAUUGGGUGGUAAGAUUCAACGCAACGCACACACAGGUUGCAUUUUGCAGGUCUUGGCUGUCUACGCUGAUCGUGUUUUUUUGUGUUGUGAUGAACCCGUUGAGUCUAAGUGCAAGUCCAAUUUGUUUACGGUAAAUUACUGAUGAGCAAGAGUAAACCAGGUGGAGGUGGUGGCGACCGAAAGGGCGAGGGAGUGAGAGAAGGCGAUGCUCCGCGACUGAUCUCUUCGCAGGCAGUCACGGCGGGUGUUCCCACCCCCAGGCCCACGCUCGCCGUCGGGGGGCCUGGCCACACCUUCAUUGUGCAACCCCAGCAUGGGAGCCAGCACCACGACGUGAAAAACUUUGCAGCGAAGCUGACGCGCCCCAUAGCCCCAGCUCCUCCCACCCAGGCAGCUCCAACUAUUGUAGGGAGGACUGUGCAGUCUUCCCAACCGAAUAUUCCAAGCAUCAUUUCUUCUUCAGUAGGUCGCAGUCCCACGGAGGGUCUAGUCAGCCUGAACCUGGUGAGCACCACAGGGACCAGUGGCCUGGGCACCAUCACCCACACCCCCAUCACCGUGCCCGUCACCCUGCCACAGGCCAACGUCUUGCAGCUAGGCUCCAGUGCCGGCGCAGUUUCUGGUACCUCCACCGUGGUGCCGCAGGGCAUCCCGGGUUCGAUUCCCAUCAACAUGCUGAGAGGGGCGGGGACUGGGCAGCAGCCUCAGCCUCAGAUUCAGGCGUUUGCCUCAAAUUUCCAGACUCACCUGCCCAGAGGUACCACCACCCUGUCGGUGCCCAAGUCGCCGGCCAUCUUGCGCCAAGGCGCCUCGGCCAGUCUACAAAUCCCCACCCCAGGCCUGAGCGCCGCGGUCAACCUGCCCAUGGCCCGGCAGCCCAUGCUGCAGACGAAGACCAGCACGCCGCAGGCCACACGCUCCCCGUCCCCGGCCAUCGGGGGUCAGCCCGUGCCCCAGGCCCAGCCUCAGGACUUGUCCAGAGCCAGUUUCCCCCUCCAUGGCUCCAUCGCUCCGGUGACCUCGGGGAACCCCGGCCCCCAGCUCCCCAUGCACAUCACGCUGAACCGCAUGGGCACGCCCGUGGCACAGGACGGUCGCACCAUUCCAGCGCAGGUCCCUACUGACGCAGCCACGGUCGCCAGCGCCACUGUCAGCCUCCAGCAGCGGAUCAGUGUGUCUCUGUCCUCAGACACGGGCCUGCAGCAGCGGCUGGCGGCAGACAUAGCCCGCUCCAACCUGACCUUCACCUCCCAGGCGGCCGCGGCCAAAAUGAACCAGCAGCCGCUCGGCCCGCAGGCGAAAGUGAUCUCCUCGCAGCCCCUGGCCCAGCAUAUGGCCGCCAUGAAAUCGGUGAACCUUGCUGUGUCCACUCCAGUCAUGAUUAACUCCAUCAACCCAUCCAUGGCCACCGCCACCACCACCAUUGCCUCGUCCGCUCCAAUUCCAAUUGCAUCCCCAUCCACGUUGCCAGCUGGCCACUCGUCCUCAGCUGUCGCGUCCCUGCAGUCAUCCACAUUGCCUCUUACAGCAUCCUCCUCCUCAUCAUCGUCGUUGCCGUUGUCAUCAUCUACUGCGGCGACCUGCGACCCCGGCCUGGUGCGACAGGAGCAAGCAGUGGUCCCGUCCUCACAGACGCCCGCAGGGGGCAUCAUCAUCUCUCCCGAGUUUCAGGCCAGGCCACCUGGUUCCAUCAUCACCAUGACAACCCUGGCCUCCUCAGUACAAGGAGGGGCCACGCCCACUGUGAUUUCUCAUCCUGAAAAUAGGUCAACAAGCCACAGCCAACAGCAGAUUGGUAUCGGACCAAGCGACCCGAUGUGGUACCAGCACUUUGUCUACCAGCAGGGCACUCAGGCGCCCUUGGUCUCCCAGGCCACGUCCACCAUCGUGCGACCGGGGACCAGCACCUUCGCCUUUUUACCUUCACAAGGCAACAAGUUACAAACCCCGACGUCCAACCUGACAGCGACGCAGCUGGCCCACCAUGCCAUGUCCGUGUCUUCUACGGCCGUCCGCUACAACACCAACAUGAUGGUCAUGGACCAGAUGAGACAGCAGCAGCAACAGCCGCAGCAACUACCGCUGCACUCAGGGUUCAGCACCAGCACAACCGCAACCUCCUCUGUCGGGGAAAAAUUGGCAGCCAACCUGGCGUCCCGUGCGACGGUGGCCAGCAGCAUCUACACGGCCUCGGUGGGCGUCCAGUCCCAGAUGUCCGGGGGUAGCGGGGGCUCGGGGGGUCUCAGCGCCGUGCCCGUCUCUAACCCCAGCUCCUCCCCGCGACCCAGCAUUCUCAGGAAGCGCACCAGUGAAGCGUAAGUUCUCCUGCCUUCUUCUUAAAGCAAGGGUAUAAUAAUGUUCAUAAUAAUGAUGAUAAUAAUGUAUUAGUGCAGUAGUCUCCCCCUAAGAUCUUGGUGCUCAGGAGCAAGGUAAAUGCGGGAUCUUAGGCGGACCAGGAUCCUAGCCGAAGAACC